AUGUUGCCAACUUUGUCAGCCAGUGGACAGAACAGCAGGGAGGAGGAGGAGGAUGGGGAGAGGAAGAAGGUGAGGGAUGAUGUCAGGAGGAGGCACGAAGCAGAGGACAGGGCCUGGCAGGAGGAGAAGGAAAGAUUGAAGAGGGAAGAAGAAGAUGAGGAUGAAGAAGAGCUGUACAACACAGGAAGUGAGGAGGAGGAAGAGGAAGUGGAGGAGGUGGAAACUGCACUGCAGAACCAGGCAAAAAUCGAGGAUGGCGAGGCGACUGAGGGGGGACGAGAGACAGGAGUGGCAGAAGAGCCAAGGGAGGCCGACGAGGACGCAAAGGGUGCAGAACUCCAGGAGACAGAGUUGAGUAAAACAGAGGGUGAAGAAACGGAGAAAACUGAAGAGGGAAGCAAGGUGAGCGAGGAAGAAGAGGAUAAAGGCCAAAGGAAAGAGGAAAGGGAGGAGGAAGAGGGAAUGGAAAAGGAAGUGAUGAGUAAAACAGAAGGAGAGGAGAGAAACACACAGGAGGGGGGACAGGAGGAUACAGAAAAAAGCAAACGGGAGACACAGAGUCAAGGCGAAGAAGUUGAAAUGGAAAAGGAUGAACGGAUGAGUGAAAUGGAAGAACUCCCAAGAGAGGAAAGAGCAGAGGAAGAACUGAGAGAGGAAAUUAAUGGAGAGGAAGACAAAAGGGAUGAAGAACCUCCAAAAGAGGAACGAGAGGAGGAAGAACUGAGAGAGAAAAUGGACAGGGAGGAAGACAAAAGGGAUGAAGAACCUUCAAAAAUGGAACGAGAGGAGGAAGAACUGAGAGAGAAGAUGGACAGGGAGGAGGACAAGAGGGAUGAAGAACCUCCAAAAGAGGAACGAGAGGAGGAACUGAGAGAGAAAAUGGACAGGGAGGAAGACAAGAGGGAUGAAGAUCCUCCAAAAGGGGAACGAGAGGAGGAAGAACUGAGAGGGAAAAUGAACAGGGAGGAGGACAAGAGGGCCGAAGAAUUCCCAAAAGAGGAACGAGAGGAGGAAGAACUGAGAGAGAAAAUGGACAGGGAGGAAGACAAGAGGGAUGAAGAAUUCCCAAAAGAGGAACAAGAGGAAGAAGAACUGAGAGAGAAAAUGGACAGAGAGGAGGACAAGAGGGAUGAAGAUCCUCCAAAAGAGGAACAAGAGGAAGAAGAACUGAGAGAGAAAAUGGACAGAGAGGAGGACAAGAGGGAUGAAGAUCCUCCAAAAGAGGAACGAGAGGAGGAAGAACUGAGAGAGAAGAUGGACAGGGAGGAGGACAAGAGGGCCGAAGAAUUCCCAAAAGAGGAACGAGAGGAGGAAGAACUGAGAGAGAAAAUGGACAGGGAGGAAGACAAGAGGGAUGAAGAAUUCCCAAAAGAGGAACAAGAGGAAGAAGAACUGAGAGAGAAAAUGGACAGAGAGGAGGACAAGAGGGAUGAAGAUCCUCCAAAAGAGGAACGAGAGGAGGAAGAACUGAGAGAGAAAAUGGACAGAGAGGAGGACAAGAGGGAUGAAGAUCCUCCAAAAGAGGAACGAGAGGAGGAAGAACUGAGAGGGAAAAUGAACAGGGAGGAGGACAAGAGGGCCGAAGAAUUCCCAAAAGAGGAACGAGAGGAGGAAGAACUGAGAGAGAAAAUGGACAGGGAGGAAGACAAGAGGGAUGAAGAAUUCCCAAAAGAGGAACAAGAGGAAGAAGAACUGAGAGAGAAAAUGGACAGAGAGGAGGACAAGAGGGAUGAAGAUCCUCCAAAAGAGGAACGAGAGGAGGAAGAACUGAGAGAGAAAAUGAACAGGGAGGAGGACAAGAGGGCCGAAGAAUUCCCAAAAGAGGAAGGAGAGGAGGAAGAACUGAGAGAGAAAAUGGACAGGGAGGAAGACAAGAGGGAUGAAGAAUUCCCAAAAGAGGAACAAGAGGAAGAAGAACUGAGAGAGAAAAUGGACAGAGAGGAGGACAAGAGGGAUGAAGAUCCUCCAAAAGAGGAACGAGAGGAGGAAGAACUGAGAGAGAAAAUGAACAGGGAGGAGGACAAGAGGGCCGAAGAAUUCCCAAAAGAGGAAGGAGAGGAGGAAGAACUGAGAGAGAAAAUGGACAGAGAGGAGGAAAAGAAGGGAGGACAGAAGGGAGAGAAGGGCAAGAAUGAUGAAGAACUCCCCAGAGAAGAAAGAAAGGAGGAAGAACUGAGAGAGAAAAUUGACAGAGAGGAGGAAAAGAAGGGAGAGAAGGGCAAGAAUGAUGAAGAACUCCCCAGAGAAGAAAGAAAGGAGGAAGAACUGAGAGAGAAAAUGGAAAGAGAGGAAAAGGACACUGGAGAUAGUGAGGCAAAAAGUGAAGAGGAGUUAAAAACAGGAGGGGAUGAAGAGAGUGGUAAAACAAGGGGCCAAGUAGAGGAAGGGAGGGUUAUAAUGGGUGAACAGAAAGAGCUGGAGGAGGAAGGGAAUGACACAUGUGAGAUAGUUUAUGAGGAGGUGGAAGACAGCGAGGAAGAAGAGGAUGAGGAAGUACAGGAAGCAAAGAUGAGAGAAGAGAGGAUUAAGGAAGAUGAGGGUAGGGGGGAGGAGGAGAAAGUGAGGGAGGAGGAGGAGAUGGGGGAAGAACAGAGGAUGAACGAGGAACAGAGGCUGAAUGAAGAGAGGAAGGAGGUAGAGAGGAAGGAGGAGAAGAUGAGGGAGGAAGAAAGGAUGAAGGGGGAAGGGCAAAGAAAAGAGGAAGGACAAAUGAGAGAAGACUGGAGAACCACAGAGGAUGAAGAACAAAGGAAGCAGAGAGAGAAAGAGGAAUUGAGGCUGAGGGAAGGUAUGGCAGGAGAGGUGGAGAGGGCAGGAGAAGAGGAGAGGGCAGGGGAGGUAGAGAGGACAGGGGAGGUGGAUAGAGAAAGGGAGGUGAAGCCGGCAGGAGAAAUGGAGAGAGCAGAAGAGGAGAGGGCAAGAGAAGAGGAGAGGGGAGGAGAGACCGAGUGA